GUUGCGUUUCAUUUUUUACUCCGUACUACGGUAGCGUUGCAUCACAAAAAAUAGUGCGGGCCAACGAUACGUUCGCCUACUAGUACUACACUACUGAAACACAGGUUGCAGUGCCAGGGUCCUCUAAGCGAAGGGAACAAAAAUAGCGUUCGUCCUCACCACAAUCCCCCGAUACCGACCGUACCAACAAGAAAGUGGAAGCAGAGCAUCUCCAAACAGUACGAGUGCAACAGGAAAGAAAGCAACCAAUAUCAAAAUAAAGCAUGGCAGACGACGCAGCAGCACAGAGACAAGCCGAAAUCGAGGCCGAGACAGAAGAUCUUUACAAUGACGGUUAUUUUUCGGAUACCUCACUGGACCUCAACCCGAGAUACCCCAAGCUGAAGGAGUCCUUCGAAACGGCAAUUGUCGUCCUCAAUCUACCGAAAGUCCCCGAGGCGAAGGUCGGAAAACUCACCAAGGUUGUCAUGAAAAUUAUUUCCCGUCUCGGAAACCUAGCGUCCAACGAAGACACAGGUUUCACCGGCUUUGUAAUGCCUUUCAAUGCGGAAGCUGGCGCGACGGAAGGUUUUGCCAUUUGCGAAUACGAAACCCCCGAGGAGGCCCAAAACGCGGUGGAAGUCUUGAAUAACUAUAAGUUCGAUAAGAACCACAUGCUGGUUGUCACGCCGUACACGAGGGCGAAAAAGCUCAACGACUUGGAAGAGAAGGAAUUCGUCGAACCCGAACGGAAACCAUUUGUCGAGAAACCAAAUGCCAUGUCGUGGCUUGAAGAUCCAAGUCAACGAGAUGAAUUCGUCAUUCGACAAGGAAAUGAAACCGUCGUCAGUUGGUUCGAUGGUAAGGCCGAUCCCGUUGUCGAUUACGACGGAGAACGCGAGAAGGAGGCAGGCGUGAACUGGUGCGAGUACUACUGCCACUGGUCGCCGAAGGGAAGUUACCUUGCGACUCUGGUACCCGCUCGUGGAGUUAUUCUCUGGAGUGGUAGUACCUACGAAAAGGUUGGACGAUUUGUAGCACCCGAUGUUAAGAACGUUCUCUUUAGUCCACAAGAAAACUACAUGCUUACGAACAACAUGAGAUACGACGAUGAACAGGCUAUCAAGGUCUACAACAUCCAAACAGGAAAGCUUCUGCGUGCCUUCCCGCUCUUCCCAAACAACAUCGAACGGAAAGAAGACGUCCCUCCACCACCUUUUCAGUGGUCUCACGACGAUGCUUACCUCGCCCGCAUGGGCAAGGAUUUGAUUUCGAUAUAUUCCACGCCGUCUAUGGGAUUGUUGGACAAGAAAUCUCUGUUGGCCGAAGGAAUCCACGAAUUCCAAUGGUCACCGAAGGCGAAUAUUCUAGCGUUGUGGGUAAGUCACUCGCUUUCGUUUUAAAUUUCUUCUUUUCUUUCGAAAAAUUGGAUUUUGGAAUAGCUAGCUCACACAGUUUACGUCUUCGAUACGUUUCAUCAAACAGUCGCCAGAACAAAAGAACUCUCCCGCCCACGUUGACCUCAUUGAGCUUCCAACGAGAAAGAAACUUCGCCAAAAGAAUCUUUUCAAUGUUACCAACUGUUCGAUGGUUUGGCAGAACGAUGGCGACUAUUUAGCAGUCAAGGUCACGAGACACACGAAAUCGAAGAAGACUUUCUACAACAACAUCGAGCUCUUCCGACUAAACGAAACCGGAAUUCCCGUUGAAAUGCUUGACAUGAAGGACGCCGUCAUGUCUUUGGUGUGGGAACCUCGAGGAUCGAGAUUUGCCAUGAUCCAUGCGGAAAAUCCCUCGUCGACGAAGGUAGACGUUUCGUUCUACGACAUGAUGAAGAAGAGCGAGAGCACCGGAGGGAAGAAGGGCAAGAAGUCCGCGCCAAAGCAGACGACCAUCGUUCCCGAAUUGAACAAGGUCGAAACUUUGUCGGGAAAACAAUGCAACUGCCUCUUCUGGAGUCCUGCUGGAUCGACCAUACUGUUGGCCAGUUUGGGAGACUCCGCUUCCGGAACCCUCGAAUUCUACAACGUCGACAACAAGUCCUUGACCGUGAAGGAACAUUACCGAUCGAACCAGGUCCUGUGGGAUCCCGAUGGUCGAUCCGUGGCAACCUGUGUGUCCCAGCCAGUCGAAGGUGGUCAUUUCAAGUUUGCCAUGGACAAUGGAUACAUUCUGUGGUCUUUCCAAGGAAAGCAGCUUUAUCAACAAUCCUUCGAAAACUUUUAUCAAUUCCAAUGGAGACCUCGUGCAAAGCUUCUGUCCAAACCAGAAAUUGAAAAGGUCCGAAAGGAUCUCAAGAAAUAUGAGAAACAAUUCGAGAAGGCCGACAAGGAACGCGCCCGAGCCCAGUACCUGGAAGAAACCAAGGGGAAACGCCUCCAGCGAAAGAAAAUCCGCGAUAUUAUUUCCGAUCUGCGAAAACUUCGAAGGGAGCAAAAGGCCCGGCACGUGGAAAUGUUGGAUGGUUACGACAGCGAAGACGAAUCUAAUUACGUGGUUCGUGAGGUGUCUAUCGAGACCAUUCUUUCUACAAAGGAAGAAGUUGUGAAUUAAUUAAGUUUCGGCCAAAACGUUGCAACAGGGUGUGUAGUCUUUCUUCAAAGAUUGGAACCAAUCUUUCCAACAACGAUCCAUCAACAGUUUUCAGUACCAACUUAGUCGUUAGUCGCUACCAGUACGUACCGGUACAUGCUUGGCAUCGGAAGAAAGGUAAUCAUAGGCU